AUGGCUGGAAGGAAUGACGCUGUAAUUGCUGCUGCUUUGGAGGCGAUGGCUCAACCUUUGGAACAUCAGCCAAAUGUUGGUGAGAAUGCUGCAUCUCGCAAUUUGUCUACCUUCCAAAGGGAGAAUCCACCAGUCUUCAAGGGCACUCAUGAUCCUAAUGGCGUAUUAACAUGGUUAAAGGAGAUUGAGAGAAUCUUCCGUGUGAUAGAUUGUAGUCCAGAUCAGAAGGUUCGGUAUAGGACUCAUAUGCUAGCAGUCGAGGCUGAUGACUGGUGGCUAGAAACUCAGUAUGCUGCUAAGUUUGGUGAGUUGGCUAAGUUUUACCAACAUUAUGAUGAACCAGCUGGUGAAUUUUCGAAGUGCAUCAAGUUUGAGAAUGGGUUGCGCCCGGAAAUCAAGAAGGCUAUUAGUUAUCAGAAGAUCCGUAUCUUCGCAAAUUUGGUUGAUAGUUUUCGAAUCUAUGAGGAAGACAACAAUGCUCAUUAUCGGGUUAUUAAUGAGAAUCGGGGCAAGAGUCAACAAGGCCGUGGCAAGCCUUAUGAUGCUCCAACUGGAAAGGAUAAGCAGAAAGCUUUUGAGGGCAACAGAACUAUUGGGGGAGAUGCUCCUGCUGGUUUGGAUGAGAUCUUAGGUAUGAUCUGGUUAGAGUAUAACCAUGUUCAUAUUAAUUGUUAUGAUAAGUCUGUGAGGUUCUCUAUUCCGGAAGAGGAAGGUGUGGAAUUGUUGUCUGCUAGACAGUUGUGCGUGUUAAUGAAGGAAGAAGUGCAAGUGUUUGCGUUGGUUGCAUCAAUGUCUGUUGAGAAUCAAGCGAUAAUAGCAGAGUUGAAGAUGGUGCAAGAAUUUCCUGAAGUUUUCCCUCAUGACAACUAUCAUAACAACUUAUCAUAA